UGCCAAACAUAAAACCGAGGCCUGCCUUUUCAUCAUCUUCCCCCUAUUCACACUACGACUUUUUGCUUCCUCCUCCCAAUUCAUCCAAAAAAAAAAAAAAAAACACAGAGCAUACUCUCACACACACACACUUAUGGCCUUUUGAACACAUCUCCCUAUAAUUACUUUCUGUCCCCCAAUUCACUACCUCAAUUUUCAAUUCCAAUACCCCUUGUCUCUGUGUCGGUCUUCAAUCACUGUAUCUUUGAUCCCCAAAUUUCACGUGAAUUUACCGUAAUGUCCAACUCUGGAGGCUUCGCGGUGAGUCGGACCCACGGCACCGACAGGUUUUACAACCCGCCGCCAGUUCGGAGGCAUCAGCAGCUGCUAUUGCAACAGCAACAGUUGCAGAAACAGCUUCAGAGGCCGGAUACCCGAGUCGACCCGGCCGAGGUGGAGACUCGGACCGACUCGGAUGAGUCGACAUUGUCUAGACCCAACUCUGUUUGCUCGUCUUCUCCCCCGAGAAAUGUUAGUUUGACUAAUUUGGAUCGGUUAAUGGAAUCGGUCACUCCCUUUGUUCCAGCUCAGCUCUUUUCCGAGGCAAGAAUAAGGGGAAGAAGAACUCGUGAAGCUGAUGUGCACCCAUAUUUUUGUCUUGGGGAUCUAUGGGAGUCUUUCAGAGAGUGGAGUGUGUACGGCGUGGGAGUCCCAUUGUUAUUGAAUGGAAAUGAUUCUGUCAGACAGUAUUAUGUACCUUUGUUAUCGGGUAUGCAGUUGUACAUAGACCCACAUAGGUUGAGGAGACCUGGUGAUGAUAGUGAUGCAGAGUCGUCAAGGGAGACAAGUAGUGCUGGCAGCAGUGACUGUGAAGCAGAAAGAAGAGUGAAAGGUGUUGAUGGGGUCUGGGUUCAGCACAACCUCAUGAAUUUAAAUUCACAGAGAUUGAGCAGAAUUACGUUGAGAGAUAAACAUCCUACGAGUUCAUCUAGUGAUGAAACUGAGGUUCACAACCCACCUGGGCUGCUCAUUUUUGAAUAUUUUGAACAAGAACAACCACAUCAUCGUCAACCUUUAUACGAUAAGAUUUCAAAUCUUGCAUCUCAGUUUCCAGAGCUCAGGAUGUAUAGAAGCUGUGACUUACUACCUGCUAGUUGGGUCUCUGUGGCUUGGUAUCCAAUAUACAGAAUACCUGUGGGCCCAACACUACAAAGUCUGGAUGCAUCAUUUCUAACAUUUCAUUCUUUGUCAACACAUUCUAGAAGCAAAAUUCAGCCACAGUUACAUGCUCCUAAUGGCAGGAAGGUAUAUGGUGUUGAUACAUAUACAAAAGUUUCUGUGCCUGUGUUUGGCCUUGCCUCCUAUAAGUUGAGAGGUUCGAUAUUGACUCCCAGUGAAGCUCAUGAAUGGCAGCAAGCAAAUUCGCUGUUGCAGGCUGCUGACAACUGGCUGCGGCGUUUGCAGGUUAAUCUCCCUGAUUUCCAGUUUUUUGUUUCCCACAGUUCUCUGGGGAGAUAAUAGUUGCAGGUGUGUCCAAAAGGUUCUUCCAUAUAGGCAGGAAGUUUACAGGGGAUGAGUUUUGGAAUGAAAUGUUUUGAAAAGAUAAAGUGCCUUUGCUUUACAAACUAUCCUCUCCUUCCAUCCAGCUUGGUUUUUCUGCCUUGUCGUCCAUAUAAUUUUGUAAGUUUCUCUACAAAAGAAGCAGCAAUGGCCACAUGAUUUGGAGAGGAAAACAAGUGCUUCCUAUCUGUUUUCAGGCUUAGUGAGCAAAAAUGGAUGCCGGUGAUGGAACCAGCACCCGGUGGCAGGGUAUGAAGAGCAGGCAGGCGUACAGUUUGUUUUAUUUGCAGUCCAUGCAUGAGUAAACUGCAACUGCAACUGGCAACGUGCUUUCUGCUUGGCCUCUCGCUUGCUUUAUUGUGUAUGCGGCGGAUAAGUUUUAUACCAUCUCAAGGGUUUGGUAAAUUGUUGUCCAUCCUAUGUUGUCAGUGCAGCUUUAUUUUUACAAACAUUUGAUAACUUUGUCAAAAAUAUUGGAAAAAAUUCUGGCAGUGGCUUAACCAAAUAUACGCAUACGUGUUUUUUGCAA